CUUUGUGAUGGAUUUUAGUACAAAGUUUAUUUUAGAAAUGUUUUUAGAUGAUAGUAUUUCCACGGUUAAUAGAUUAAUUAUUGCUACUGCAAAUGUUGCAAGCGAAAACCUUGAAAAUUUCCAAAAAUAUAAUAUUUAUGAACAUAAAUAUAUUCCGCAGCCGAUGAGACAAAAAUACGAUAAAAAUGAAUCUAAUGACAAAAAAUUUACAGAAAAGUUUGAGUACUAUAAAUAUCUACGUAAAUAUUUUACAGACUAUGAUUACCUACAAAAUUUUAAAAUGAAAAUGCAUACAAUUCAGGAACUUAUAAAAUAUUUGAAAGAUUUUGUUAAAGAAGAUACUUCAAUAGUGCCUUUUGAUAAAAAAGUCCAUAUAUUUUUAUAUGCAAUUACAAGUGACCUGUCCUUCAAUAAAGUCAGUGAGAAGUUUGGUCUCCAUAAGUCUUCGGUGAGUUAUAUUUUUCACGAGAUUGCUCAAUUAAUCAGCGAACAAAGAUUUCACUUCAUCAAUUGGCCUAGCUUAGUUAAACAACACAUCACUAGAAUGAAAGUGAAUAGUAGAUAUGGAUUUCCAAACUGUGUAGGGUUUAUCGACGCAUGUAGAUUUAAAGUCGGUUCUAAAAGGAAACGGAAUCCCAAUUCUAACAUUAUACUCCUACAGGCAGUAUGUGAUGAAUCACUCAUGUUUACUGAUAUCUACGUUGGAGAAAUAGGGAAUAGCAAGAAAAGUAAAGUCUUUAAAGAGAGUCCACUGGCAAAGAAUUUGAAAAAAUAUGUUGAUAUGGAAAACCAUAUUCUUGGUGAUUCCUCCUACAGAUUAGAGGAUAAUUUGAUAACUCCAUUCUCAAGUGUUGAUUCUUUGUCAAUUGAAGAGAUAAAGUUUAAUGAAACUCAUUGGAACUCCCGUAAAUAUAUUGGCCUUGCAUUACAAAUGCUCAGAGACCGUUUUAAGAAAAUUAAUCACAUUGACAUUUGCAAACCACAGUCUGUGAAAACCAUUAUAUAUGCUGCAUGCGUGCUACAUAAUUUUAUAAUGAUCCAUGAGGGUCAAUCUCAGCUGAAAGAAGAAAAUAACCUAAAUAACUAUAGUAUAACUUUUGAUACUAAUAUUGUGACGACAGCUGCAGAGAAGAGGCAGUUUAUGUGUAACUAUAUGGCCUCUUUUACACCCAAUGUAUUGUCCUGCACCGAAAGUGAGCAUGCUUACUGUCAGCAAGGCAAUACUUAAAGAUAUAUCAGAAUAUUAUUUGUAAAACACACUAAAGGCCAGGAAAAAACAGUGCAUGUCAAGUUUUUUGGGAUUACCCAAUCCUAUGGAGUUUUGAAACAAGAUGACAGAGGCUCAUCCUAAAAGGACAGAAAAAUAUGAAGGAUUCAGUAUUAUUUUCUAUGAAAAUACUAGAGUAAGUUUUUAUAUAAUAUAUAUUAAUCUUAUUUUUAUCA